AUGCCACGUACCAGGUCAGGAGUGGAGGCAGGCGUCCCAGAUCGGGGACUGGAGCUGCAGUCCCGGGUGGGGGACUGGAGCUGCAGUCCCGGGUGCGAGACUGGAGCUGCAGUCCUGGUCCCGGGUGGGGGACUGGAGCUGCAGUCCCGGUUGGGGACUGGAGCUGCAGUCCCGGGUGCGGGACUGGAGCUGCAGUCCCGGGUUGGGGACUGGAGCUGCAGUCCUGGGUUGGGGACUGGAGCUGCAGUCGCGGGUGGGGGACUGGAGCUGCAGUCCCGGGUUGGGGACUGGAGCAGCAUUCCCGGGUGGGGGACUGGAGCUGCAGUCCCGGGUGGGGGACUGGAGCUGCAGUCCCGGGUUGAGGACUGGAGCUGCAGUCCCGGGUUGAGGACUGGAGCUGCAGUCCCGGGGUGGGGACUGGAGCUGCAGUCCCGGGUGGAGGACUUGAGCUGCAGUCCCGGGUUGGGGACUGGAGCUGCAGUCCCGGUUGGGGACUGGAGCUGCAGUCCCGGGUGGGGGACUGGAGCUGCAGUCCCGGGUGGGGGACUGGAGCUGCAGUCCCGGGUUGGGGACUGGAGCUGCAGUCCCGGGAUGGGGACUGGAGCUGCAGUCCCGGGAUGGGGACUGGAGCUGCAGUUCCGGGAUGGGGACUGGAGCUGCAGUCCCGGGUUGGGGACUGGAGCUGCAGUCCCGGGUGGGGGACUGGAGCUGCAGUCCCGGGCGGGGGACUGGAGCUGCAGUCCCGGGCGGGGGACUGGAGCUGCAGUCCCGGGCGGGGGACUGGAGCUGCAGUUGGGGACUGGAGCUGCAGUCCCGGGUUGGGGACUGGAGCUGCAGUCCCGGGAUGGGGAGUUGGGGACUGGAGCUGCAGUCCCGGGUUGGGGACUGGAGCUGCAGUCCCGGGAUGGGGAGUUGGGGACUGGAGCUGCAGUCCCGGCAAUCCUUCCUCCCGCCGCCACGCCUCCAUCUGCCCGCCGACGCGUCCGACCUCCGCGCCGACGCGGACGACCUGCGCGGCGACGCGGACGACCUGCGACCGCCGCAAACGGCCAGCGCGCGACCCCCGACGACCAGCGCGCUGCCGCGGACGGCCAGCGCGGCCUCGCCGACGGCCCGCGCGCUGACGCGGACGGCCAGCCCGGCCCCGCCGACGACCCGCGCGCUGACGCGGACGGCCAGCGCGGCCCCGCCGACGACCCGCGCGCUCACACGGACGGCCAGCGCGGCCCCGCCGAUGACCCGCGCGCUGACGCGGACGGCCAGCGCGACCCCGCCGACGACCCGCGCGCUGACGCGGACGGCCAGCGCGACCCCGCCGACGACCCGCGCGCUGACGCGGACUGCCAGCGCGGCCCCGUCGACGAGCCGCGUGCUGACGCGGACAGCCAGCGCGCGGCCACGAAAGAACUGCGCGCCACCGCGAACGGCCAGCGCGCGGCCGUUGACGCCCCUGCGCCGACGUGGACGGCUGGCGCGCAGCCGCGGCUGAUCUGCCCGCCGUCGCGUUCGCCUGCCCGCGAUCUCCACGACCUCGAAACCCUAAUUCCUCCCCGCACUUCCGCACCAGCCUCUCUUCCCCUCUACCUCCUCCCCCUACUCCACCCCUAA